AGAAGUUGAUUAGUUUGAGUCUGAGAGAAAACAAAAAGGUUAAAAUGAAGUAAGAGGACGAUGAUGAAGAUGAAUGGAUGGUGACCAGAGGAAGAGGAGGAGACGUUCAGUGAGGAUGAGGAAUGUUUGGGAUGAAGAAGACGUCGUUCUGCCCUGGGGAAUCAAAGCGUUUGAUUGGUCUGAUCAGUGACAGGUUGAUGAUGUUCAUCUUCAUACAGGAGCAGAAUCAACCGGGCCUGUUUCUUCUUCUCCUGCCUUUUUGCUACGGCUGAUCCGUUGCCAUGGCGACCAGAUGAACGCCGUCCGCCAGUCAGAACGGUCGGGUUCUGAUCCGGGUUUUCUGUUGUUCUCAGGAGGUUCUGCUGAAGCGGGCCGCCGACCUGGUGGAGGCGCUGUACGGCAUGCCGCACAACAACCAGGAGAUCAUCCUGAAGCGCGCCGCCGACCUGACCGAGGCGCUCUACAGCGUGCCGCGCAGCCACAACCAGCUGCCGUCGCUGGCCGGCUCCGCCGCUCACUCCGGCAUGAUGGGCGUCAACUCCUUCAGCAGCCAGCUGGCCGUCAACAUCAGCGAGGCAACGCAGGCCGACCAGGGUUAUUCCCGUAACUCCAACAGCGUGUCGCCGCGCGGCUACGUGCCGAGCUCCACGCCGCAGCAGUCCAACUACAACACCAUCACGUCCUCCAUGAACGGAUACGGCGCCGCCAUGACCAACCUGGGUGUUCCCGGCUCCCCCGGAUUCCUCAACGGAUCCACCGCCAACUCUGCUUACGCAAUCAAGCAGAAGAGCGCCUUCGCCCCCGUCGUGCGGCCUCAGACCUCCCCACCCCCCACCUGCACCACCACCAAUGGCAGCAACCUCCAGGCCAUGGCCGGCCUCAUCGUGCCCCCCAUGUGAGGAAACCCUGAACCAGAACCAGAACCGCCAGCAGCAGGACUUCCCGGACGGACCCUGCUGGUUCUGCUCCUCUGGAACUGGACGGUUCUGAAGAAAAUGCAGAACAGAACAUUUCCUCCUCCAUAGACCGGACGUUUGGGUUUCCUCGUACCAGGAAAUGGUUCCGGUUCUGGUUCGGGUCCAGUGGGUCACAUGCUGCUCCUGGUUUGUUCCUCUGCUGAUGAACAUCUGGAUCUUCUGCUGCUCCUCCAGAUGUUUGUAGCUCCAGAGUUGGUUCUGUUGGACUCUUGAGGUUCUCCAGAACCCGUCCUGCUCCCAGUGGAUCCAGUUGGACCUAGUCCAGUUCAUUCUGUUUGGUUUGUUUGAAUCCGAGCGGGACCAGAAUGUUCCAGUCCAGCGGAGUGUUUUUCUUCUGGUCCCAUGCUGUCCGCCAUGUUUGUUUCCUCAGGCAGGAAACAGGAAGCUGCAGAGUUUAGCUUCCCGUUUCCUGUUCACGUUUCUUUCUGUGGCCCGGUUUGGUUCGUGUCCAGUUCCGGGUCUGACCCAGUUCUGUUCCUCUGGGUUGUGAUUCUUUUCCAUGUUUUUCUGAGCAAUUCAAUCUAGAAACCUGAAAAUCUUUUAGAUUCUGUAAAAUCAAAAAAUAAAAUCCCGUUUUUGUAAAAAAAAAAAUAAAAAAUUAAAAAAAUAAAUAAAUCAGGUGGCGACCUCAGAAAGCAGGAAGUAAAACUUUCAUCACUUUUGUAUAAAAAGUUUUUUUCCGAUAUUUAACUUUUUGUAAACGACUGUGUUUUUGCUGCUUUUCCUCGUCGGUGUUUUAUUGUGAAAUCUAUAUUCUUGCUUAUUUCUAAAUGCACUGUCAUGGUUGGAGCACUAAAGAAGAGAACGAUGAAACCACAAGCCGUCCCUGCCACAACAAACCUUUAUGCUAACCUCAUAAUGUCACGCAAUACUCCAGGACAUUCCAGGACUUUCCAGGACUUUCCUACAUCAGGGACAGAAUGGUUGGUUCUUUUUAUGAGCAUCAGUUUUUAAAACGUUCUGUCCCCUGAUCCGGAUCGUCAGAACCGGGUCCAGGUUAGAUCUCCAGAAACAAAGGAACAUUUUAACAAAAUCAAGAACUUAAAGUUAGGAAAAUUUGGUUAAAAUGUUCAAGUUUAUGAAGUUAUUUGUUGUUUCUGUUUUGUUUCUGCAGAGAAAAGAGAAUAUUUCAGUUUUCAGGAUUUUCUCAGGUUCUCCAAAACUUUCAAGGUUUUCAUUUCUUCAUUCCCAGCCGUGAGAAAUGAUUCUGAAAAUUAAUAUGAAAUCCUGUGAAGUUUCAGUGAAAAACUGAUUAUUUUAGCUUUAAUGUUGACAUUCGCUCCAUUUCUGGCUCCACUCUCAAAAUGUUUCAUUUCCUGAACUGCUCCAGGUUUUCCAGGCUUUUCAAGGGAGCGGGGUUGAUGGUGACUGGGAAUAAAAUGCUGUUUCCAUGGGAACCAGCAGCUCCAGUUACUUCCUCCUGAACUCUGCGACCUAGGACCAGCCGUCUCCAAUCAGGUCCUCAGUUCAGAAACGUUUUGCUCUCUUCAAUGUGAAAGAGGCCAGAGGUUUAUGAUCUUUGUGAAAUAUGAAAUAUAUCAAAGUAUAUCAAAGCACAAUGUUUACUUAUUGUCUUUAAAACGGCCCCCCGGGGCCCAGGUUUUUCUGUCUCCAGCUGUAAAUUGCUGCAUGUCUUCUGUUCUCAGAUGUUUGCUGUGAUUCGUGCUUUUGUACAUAAACGGAAUAAUAAAGAUUAACGUUUGGCUUUAA